UCCGGGUCCUGGAGGCCCGCGCCGCCCACACCGCCGCCGCUGCCGCUCCUGCUCCGGCUCGGGUCGCACGUGCAGCCCCUUUCCGGCCCUGGUGCCCGAGGUCGCUGGAGUCCCUAGCUGGGUGCCCGCCAUGGCGGCGGCUGCGGCGGAGGCGCGCGUGUUCCUGGAAGUGCGGAGACGGCUGCAGAGUGCGCUGCUGAUCCUGGGCGUUCCAGACGAAGGAGGUCUGCCCAUGGAUGUUUGCAUAACGCCGACCUCGCUCCGGGUGAAAAGCCCUGGCGGCUGCACGGAGCUCUGGCUGCCAGCAGGGGUCAGGCUUGUCCCGUCCUCCUGCCGUGGGCUGCGGCACGUGGCCGGGGACGGGCUGCACCUGCGGCUGCAGGCGCGGGCGGAAUUCUGCACAAAACUGAUCUCAGUGUUUAAUCAAAGCUCCCAAGCCCAAGAAUGUUGCACGUUUUAUUGCCAGUCCUGCGGUGAAAUCAUCAUGAGGAACAGGAAGCUCCUCAGGGUGCUCCCCCUGCCACACGAAAACUGGGGUGCUCUGGUUGACGAGUGGUGCUGUCACCCCAACCCCUUUGCUAAUAAGCCACUUCAUCCACAAGAGAAUGACUGUUUCACUGGAGACUGUUUCUUCUUGGUGAAUUUAAGACGUGAUUUACAGCAGCCGAGACCUGAAGUAGCCCCAGUGGAGACGCGCUGUCUUUCUCCCGAGAACCAUUUAAAAAUGAAACCAAAGGCAAAUACCAAAGUAAUUUGUAAGCGUUGCAAGGUAAUGUUGGGAGAGACUGUGUCAUCAGAAACCACUAAGUUUUAUAUGACAGAGAUGAUUAUUCAGCCAUCUGAAAGAAAUUUUCCCAUCAUACCAAGGUCUCAGUUUGUACAGAGCGUUAUUGCCCAGUGCCUGGUGGAACUCUCCUCUGCUAGAAGCACUUUUAGAUUCACUCUUCAAGGACACGACGGCAAAGCGUACAUCUUGCUAUGGCUUUUAAACUCAGACACUUUGGUGAUUGAAGCUUUGGAAAGUUCCACAAGUAUCAAAAAAUUCCCUCUGUUGGAAGACUUAUUGAAGGCCGAUUCCAGUUCUGCCUGGAAUGCUGUUAAGGUCCUCUACCAGCCAUGCAUCAAAGGCAGGAAUGCAGAGCUCGCCAGCUCGUGGGAAAGUGACGUCAGUGUCCACUGCCUCACCCUGCCCUCUGCAACCUGCUUGGAGCUGCUGUUGAUAUUGUCAAGGAGCAAUGCCACGUUGCCUCCCUCCCUCCGCUGCAUGAAUUCUUUCCAGGAAGAAAUAUGCGUUCCUGUGAAUGAAGAGGGUGAAGCAGGCGCCUUUCCUAUAUUCUAAGACUUUUUUGGUCCCUUGGAAAGAAAAAUGGCACUGGCUUGGUAAUUAUAAAGGCGCCUUUUAAGAUCUUUUAUAUAUGUCCAUACGCUUAUGAAAGGGUCCAGGACCAAGUGAUGUUAUUAUCAUGAUAUUAGCCAUCUUUGAGAACAUACUGUGUGCCCGAUACUAAAAUGUAUUCACUGAUUUAGUCGUCACAAACUGCCUUGAGGGUAAGUGGUGCUAGGACUCAUCCAUGGAAGCUAGGACCCAGAGAAAUUAAUAAUUUGGCCAAGUUAACCCACUUGGCAAAGAGCAGAGUUGUUUACCAGAGCGAGUCUCCAAAGUUCUUGCUCUUAACCACUUGUACCCUACUUGGAAGUCUGCCCACACCCUUUUAUAACACAUCCCUUGCAUGAUAGCACAUUGUAUUACUUCUCCUACUUUUAGGACUCUUCCUUUGUCGUCUUUUUGGGGGGGCUCCUUUUCUCUUUCCUAUUCCUUUUUAUGAUUUCAGUGUGGAGGGAAGUUCAUGCCAGCAAGGAGAGGUCUGACAAAGAUGUCUGAGGGGAUUACUGGGUAGAGUCAAAAGAGGGAUAUUGGACUGGAUGAAUUCAAUGAGUAAUAAAUUGAUCCCAAAGGCUUAGAAGAAAAGGGUCCAGAAUCUUGACAGGUGGAAAGUUACACGCAGUGGCCUCAGGAAGCAGUCAGACACUGGGGAAUGAGCCACAGACACUGCGGAAUGAGCCACAGACCUUCUGUUUCUUACCUUGGCUUGACCACCACCUGAUUCACUCUAUUUAUUCAAAAUUCUAGUGACCAGAUCAUCUGUAGGCCCUUCCCGGCAUGGUUCCUUUGACAUACCUUUAUUUUGUCUUUGUCAAUCCUAUGUCAGCUUUAUUAUCUUAAAGGAUCCUGGACCUUCCUGGAUGAAGUUAAAAAAAAAUAAAUCUUAGAGCAGAAGCUCUUUCGUUGUUUUUUUCAUGCACCAAAGAUUUAUUGAACAUAUACUAUAUUUCUGGUAUUUCCUUGGGUUCAGGAAAUUAUUCAGAUGGUGAAGACAUCUUUAGCCCCUCUAUAGAGGAGACAAAAAAAGGGAAAAGAAAACAUUUUAAUCCAACGAAUGUGUGUACAUGAGCAAACUCUGGUUCACAUCAGGUGGUAAUGUUUGUCUUGACCUCCAGUCCACACCAGGUGAUGAAUCUCGUUUCAACCUUAAAUGCAGACCAUUUCUUUUCAUGAGAUUUAGUUUUGGUCAGCUGUCACUGGAUUCAGAACUCCGUGGACCAGGCUUGUGUUUUCCCCACUGUAUCUCAGCAUCCAUCCCAGAGCCCGAGAUGCAGCAGGAACAGCAGGAAGCAUUUAUUGUAAAAGAUCACUUCUCAUAAACCACUUGGUAAUGUUAGUGUGCCCUGUGUAUGGAUUUCUUUCGCCCUUUCUCCCAACUUGACUCUCAGCCCUUUCAGACUUUCUAAAGCCUUUGUUUGCAAGAAGGACCCAGGAACUAAAGAGAUUCUCAGGGAACUAAAAAAAAUCUUUCUGGAGGAGAGAGAGGUUGAUAUAGGUGACUCCUGAACACCUCUCCUCCCACGGACACACCAACAGCUUGACAUCUACAGCCACACACAGAGCAAUCACACCUGCAAGAAAUCCAGAAACGAACUGAGGGACUCCUACACAACGGAAAAAUGAGAAAAUACCCCCAUCGAGAUGAGCGGAAAAGGCCAGACACACCCUUGCCAUAAACACACCCUUGGCCCAGCACCGUACAAUGGGGAGCCUCCCAACUCCCAGCUUCUCUCUGAUGAGUGAGGGGUUUGGAACCCAUACUUAGCGUCCCAACUUUUAAGAUUCCUACCUGAGAGACAGGGCCCCAAAACAUCUAGCUCUGAAAGCCAAGACUAUAGCAAACAAAGGAGCAGCUGUUUACAAGGGCACAAGCACUCAUUGUGUCUGUUCCCCAGGGCUCUGCCCUGGGGAGCAGGCAAGACGGGCCAUCUCCCAGUCUUUCCCUGAAGGAGCUCCACCUGCAUACUUUGAAAGCUGCUGCCUGAGGAUCAGACUUCUCAUUUAGCCCACGUCUAGAUGCUGCCUGCAAUCCUUCUUGGAGACCAGGGAAACAGAUGGACAUCUCCUCUGCUAUCUCCCGAUAGCCCUCUUCAUGUAUCUUCAGUCUCUCCCUGGAAAGAGCUUGUACACAUGCUUGUACCCCAGUUUUUGCUCUGUUGCCCAAGGGAUGGGUCCCUGGG